AUGUGUGGCAUGAAAUUGCAUCAAAUUGGAAACUCUUUAUCAAAUCUAGCUUCUUCUCAAAUAGCCAUAACAGAAAUUUUCACCGAGUCACUGAUUAAGAUCAAUUGCCUUCUGAAAAACCUCAAUCACGCCCAAAAAUACUGGGACACUCUCCACCUCUUCCAACAAAUCCAUUCUACCCACCACUUGAAACCUGACCAUUACACCUUAUCGACUGCCCUUGCUGCCUGCAGCAACCUUCGUGAUGUAUAUGUUGGUUCCCAAAUCCAUGGCCAUGCCAUGAAGUCCGGUUUCAAAGAAUUCCCUCAUGUCUCAAAUACUCUGCUUUCCCUUUAUGCAAAGUCAUGGGAUAUAGCUUUGGUCAAAAUGGUCUUUGAUGAAAUAAAAAGACCGGAUAUUUAUUCGUGGACCACAUUGUUAUCAGCUUGUAUGAAGCUUGGUGAAUCGGAGUACUCGUUUUGGAUGUUCGAUAGAAGUCCGCAAGAAAAUGUUGCAAUUUGGAAUGCGAUAAUCACUGGAUGUGCUGAAAAUGGACAUACUGAGAAGUAUUACAGAUGCAUAUGGAGUAUUUGA